AGUUUAAAAAAUUUUUUUUUAGAUAUUAUUUUACCCUUUAAAUUUGAUUGUAAAUAGGAGUACUAACUAAUGUGCUGCUUGUUUCAUAUGGACUUGAAAGGUUUAUUUAGUACAUUUAAUCCAAGUAAGUUUCUAAUAUAUGCAUCACUUUUGUUAUUUGCUAUUUUUCUUGGUUUACGUCUUGAUGGGUUUUUGCUGUGGAGUUACUAUACUGUCUUUAUACCUUUAUGGAUUUGGAAAGCAGUCGUACUUUUUGGUGCUGCCAUUGGACUUCUUAUAUGGUUAAAGCAUCCAGAAUAUAGGCAUGAAAGCACUGUGGAUAUUCAAGCUAUGCUAAUAUCUGCAAGUUUGCACUUGCUUUUGUUGCUGUUUGAGAUUCUUUUAUGUACAAACAUGGAGUAUCAUGCAAUAGCUUAUCGAAUUGUGUUUAUUCCACUUUUUUGUAUAUCAACUUUUGCGUUGGCUGGGUGUGUUUGGGGGUUCAGGCAUGAGCGCCAAUUGGAGUUUGAGACUUUCUUUGCUGUAAAUACAUUGCAAUUUGUUUGCAUAUCACUUAAAUGGGAUGAAGUUGUAAGUUGGACUUGGUUGGUUGUACUAGUUCCUGUGUGGAUUAUACUUUGUUUAUUGUUUAUCUGUGUACUUUAUUAUAUUAUAUGGGCUUUGCUGUUUAUGAGAUCGCCAGAAAUUGCACCUCAACAACGUAAAACGCAUGUUUUUAAUGCAAUAGUCACAUGGUUUAUGGUUGUACCACUCAUAAUAUUUAUGGUGAUGUUAAGUCGAAAAUUAGAUGGAGUUAACAAUUCUUAUUUUUCUGUUAUUUUUAUACCAUUGCAUAUUGCACUUAUCAAUUUGUUGAUUUCGUCUUUCUAUCAAAAAAGUGGUAAUUUAUGGUGGUUUGGAAUGCGCCAAGAUUUCUGCGAGGUCUUACUUAGCAGACUGCCUUUAUUACGAGAAUACGGAAACGUUUCAUACAAAUUUAGCGAUGCUAUUGUAGAUACAAAUCGUUCAGAUAAUUCUAAUAUUGAAGAAAUUGAGAGCUAUUCUAAAAAAAGAGUUACCCCAAAAAUAGUUGGGUCAUUAACAGCGAUAGAUACCCCUGACUAAUUGGUUAAAUGUUGAUAGUUUAGUAAAAUGGUUUGGUGAAAGGAUCUAUUUAUCUACAACCUAAAUCUACCUCAAAUUGCGAAGACAACACUCAACAAAGGUUAAGCAUGAACAGCAACUUUGAAAUAUCUUUUAAAAGAAUUAAAAUAAAAACAAUGUUAUUAUUUUCGUCCAAUGAUAUUGAUUUUAUACUUUUAUGGUUAGUUUAGGACUUGAUUUCUUAAUUACGUCAUUGUUUAAGACUCGAGUACUAUCAAAAGAAGCAGGCAAAAGAAUGUUUAUCAUGCUCCGUUUUCUGGCGAUCUACCAUCUUUUUUUGUCUGAUAAGCAAACAAUCUAAGAAAUUUUAUUUAUUUAAAAUCUUUAAUCUGUUUUGUAAAUUAAUUUUUGUAAGUUAAAUGAAAUUUUUAUA